AUGCACAAAUUCGCUUCUGAAUGCGGAGCUGGUCAUCCUGAUAGAUUGCGAGGUAUUCUUCUCAGGAAACAUAUUGCAACCAAUUGUCACAAAUUAAAAUUAACAGAACAUGAAGUAUCCGAAUUAGCAAACUUUAUGGGACAUAAAGAGAAUAUACACAAGCAAUACUACAGAUUACCUCAAAAAGAGGCUGAUAUUCUCAACAUCAGUAAAUAUCUGAACGCUGCAAUAGGUGCAGCUAAUAUUGAGACUGAUAAUAAAAUCAAUAGUACUGACAAUAGCAGUAGUGAUGAAGAUGAUAGCAAUAGUGAUAAAGAUGAUAACAAUAAUGAUAAAGAUGACAGUAUUAAUGAAGAUAAUGGCAAUAAUACCAUUAGCUUGAGUAAUAUUACUAAUGAUGGUGACUUUAUUAAUAAUACUUAUAAUAAUAAAGUGCAAGAAAAUAAAGUACAAAUGAAGUGCAAACGUAUACGUUGGAAUGCUAAAGAGAAGAAUAUAGUACUAAAAGAAUUUAAUGCAUAUUUAAAUACUUAUAAAUGCCCUACAACAAAAGAAAUUGCAGCACUAAUAGCAGCUAAUCCUUGUUUACAAACGCGAACUAUAAGCCAAGUAAAAACUUGGUUUAAUAAUCAGCAAAAGAUUUUACGUAAUAAGUUUAAUAAAUUUUAAUUUUAUUUUUACUU